AUGAAAACACCUCAGUCCACCGUUGCCUUCCCGCCAAAAACUCCAAAGCGAAAUCGGCACUCGAGGCAGCCCGUUCGUAGAAAACCGUCACGUUGGAAGCAACUCUGUAUCGCGGGGCUGGUUGUGGCUAUUGUCAUUGUUGCCACCACAGUCGGUGCGGUGAUAGGUGCGCGCGUGAACCGAUAUCCGGACUAUGAUCCUUUGAAUUACCGACUCAGAGAUACCUACCAAGGAAUCUCGUUCUUCGAUGGAUUCAGAUACUUCUCUGACACUGAUCCGACAAAUGGCUUCGUCGUCUAUGUGACCCGCGAUGUGGCGCAAGACCAAAAUCUCACCUACGCAAGUGACCAUUCUGCCGUACUGCGUGUGGAUACCACCACUCCACGAGCACUUGCAGGCCGAAAAUCAGUCCGCGUCGAGUCGAUCGCAACCUAUAGCACCGGGCUGUUCAUAUUUGACAUCAUUCACACUCCCUACGGCUGUGGAACUUGGCCAGCGCUGUGGCUCACCGAUGGAUACAAUUGGCCUCAGAAUGGGGAGAUCGACAUUCUUGAGUCGACGAACGGGGGCCUGUACGGGAAUGAAGUCUCACUGCAUACUACGGACGGAUGUAGUAUGGACGUCAAGCGUAAACAGACGGGCUCAUCAAGUCUCUCACAAUGUGGACUCUCUAGCAGUGGGAAUUUGGGAUGCGGAGUACUCGGAGGCUCUUCGACAUACGGGCAAGAAUUGAACGCAAAUGGUGGUGGAGUAAGUCUUUUCCCCAACGACCUCAUUUGUGUCAUGCAUGUGGCCCCAGCUAAUCACAUAGUAUCACAGGUAUAUGCACUCGAGCUUCGCGAAGCAGGCAUACGAGUCUGGUUCUUCCCUCAGGGUACCGCACCUUCGGAUAUUGCAUACUCGAGUCCAACCCCCAAUCCCUCGCAAUGGGGCACUGCUCUUGCAGAUUUCCCCAGCACAGAAUGCAAUAUCCAUUCACACUUUCGGAAUCUGAGUAUCAUCAUCAACAUUGCUCUCUGUGGCGAUAUGGCAGCGCAGCCAUUCUAUUAUAAAUCCCUGUAUGAUUGUCCGAGCACAUGCACAGACUUCGUUGCGAACAAUCCGAGCGACUUUCAAGAGGCGUACUGGGAAUUUGGGAGCUUCAAGGUUUUUCAGGCCAUAUGA